UUCUCCCCUCCCUCCCACCCCCGUGGCCGAGCCCCAGCCUUCAGCCUCGGUGGCCCCUUCUUCUUCUCCCCCUCCCGAGCCGGACGAUCCGUGGAAAUGUGAGGUCGGGGGGUGGGUGGGGAGGAAGAUGAAGGGAGCCGAGUUACCCGCUGCGGGGCAUUCAUCCAGGUGAACAAGAAAAUGACCGAAGAAACACACCCAGACGAUGACAGCUAUAUUGUGCGUGUCAAAGCUGUGGUUAUGACCCGCGAUGACUCCAGUGGGGGAUGGUUACCGCAAGAAGGAGGUGGCAUCAGUCGAGUUGGCGUCUGUAAGGUCAUGCACCCAGAAGGCAAUGGGAGGAGCGGCUAUCUCAUCCAUGGUGAAAGGCAGAAAGACAAACUGGUGGUACUGGAAUGCUUUGUGCGGAAGGACCUGGUCUACACUAAAGCAAAUCCGACAUUUCAUCAUUGGAAGGUGGACAACAGAAAGUUUGGACUUACUUUUCAAAGCCCAGCUGACGCACGAGCAUUUGACAGAGGAGUGAGAAAAGCAAUUGAAGAUCUUAUUGAAGGCUCCACGACUUCCUCUUCAACAAUCCAUAAUGAAGCUGAGCUUGGGGAUGAUGAUGUAUUUACAACAGCUACAGACAGUUCUUCUAAUUCCUCUCAAAAGAGGGAGCAGCCCACCCGGGCCCUGGCCUCCCCCCCAGCCUGUGAACAACGCAGGAUUUACACACUGGGGCGGAUCCAUGACCAAUACUGCCCCGAACACUACCAGCUUGAACAACCGAUCCCGCGACCCUACCGGCACUUCGUCCCCGAGGACGACGACGAGAUCGUGCGCAUCAACCCGCGGGAGAAGAUCUGGAUGACAGGCUACGAGGACUAUCGGCACGCGCCCACCCGGCCCAAGUUCCCGGACGCCUCGGACGACGUGGACUCGUACGUGCGCUUCGCCAAGGGCGACGGCUCCAAGCACGACUACAGCUACCCCUACGUGGACCGCUCGGACAGCGAGCGGGGCCGGGACCCCAAGGGCGGAGGCGGGGGCGGGGCCGGGGGCGCCAUCAAGACCCAGCCCGGCCGCUGCAAGUGGCGGCGGCGGCGGAAGGAGGACGGGGAGCGGUCGCGCUGCGUCUACUGCCGGGACAUGUUCAACCACGAGGAGAACCGGCGGGGCCACUGCCAGGACGCCCCCGACCCCGUCAGGACUUGCAUCCGCCGGGCAAGCUGCAUGUGGUGCGCGGACAGCAUGCUCUACCACUGCAUGUCCGACCCCGAGGGCGACUACACGGACCCGUGCUCCUGCGACACCAGCGAUGAGAAGUUUUGCCUCCGGUGGGUGGCCCUUCUCGCCCUGUCCUUCAUUGCCCCGUGCAUGUGCUGCUACCUGCCCCUGCGCGCCUGCUAUCACUGCGGGGUCGCCUGCGGGUGCUGCGGGGGGAAGCACAAGGCUGCGGGGUGAGGCGGGGACGCGGGUCCCCCACCUCCUCGCCUCCCCCACCCCCCGCUCUUCCUCCCCCCCACGCGGAGGUGCAGGAGU